AUGACUGAGCCGCACUGGAAACCCAUCGUUGAUCAAAAACGCCUCACCCAAGCCCUAUCCAUCCCUCCUUCCUGGCGCCUCCCUGAGUCCAUCAUCGUCUCUGAUGCAGCUACUCUCGAUGUAAUACGCAACUGCGGAAUUCUGUCGACCAAAGAGCUUGAAUGGACAGAUAUCAAUGAUAUCACGGAGCUACUGCGCCUUCUCGCCUCGCGCGAGGUAAGCUCCGUGCAGCUAACAACAGCAUUCUGUAAGCGCGCCGCCAUAGCGCAGCAAAUGACGGGCUGCUUGACGGAGAUCUUUUUUGAUCAAGGACUCGAGAGAGCGAAGUCUUUGGACGAUGAGCUUGAGCGGACGGGUCGUAUGUCGGGACCGUUGCAUGGGCUACCGGUUUCUGUGAAGGAUCGGUUUGAUGUUGAGGGGUUGGAUACUACUGUUGGCUGGGUUGGACUCGCUAAUAAACCGGCGGCCAGGUCCGACUCUGUUGUUCAACUGUUAGAGUCCAUGGGAGCGGUUCUGUAUGUGAAGACGAAUGUGCCCCAGUCGCUGAUGAUGUCUGACUCGUAUAACCACGUCUUCGGCCAGUCCGUCAACGCCUUCAACAGAAAACUCAUCUCUGGCGGUAGCUCCGGGGGUGAAGGUGCUCUGGUCGGUGCUGGUGGGAGCGCCUUGGGAAUUGGAACGGAUAUAGGAGGCUCGAUUCGUGUGCCCUCUAAUCUCCAGGGACUGUAUUCGAUUUGCCCAACAACAGGACGAGUUCCCUGGAACUGCUCAUUCAUGCACCAGCACUAUCUUGUUCCUCCGGUGGCAGGGCCUAUGGCUAGAAGCCUUUCGACAGUAGAGUAUUUCAUGCAGAGCCUGCUGGACUCAAAUCCCUGGGACCUCGACCCAGGCUGCAUCCCAAUUCCCUGGCGGAAGGACAUGGCAGCGCUGCCGACAAAAAAGCUGAAACUAGGUAUUAUCUACGACGACGGAAUUGUCCGACCACAGCCACCUGUUAUGCGAGCAAUGCGCGAGACAGCACAGAAGCUGAAAGAUGCGGGUCACGAAGUAAUGGAAUGGGAUGCUUCUCUUCACGUAGAAGGCACAGGCCUAUGGACGAAAUCCAUCCUUUCGGAUGGUGGCCACCACUGCCGCCAACUUUGCGCCCUCGUCGACGAACCUCUUAUCCAAGGAAUGGCUGUCGGAACCCCAGCAGACGAGCUCUCAACCACAGAAAAGGAAAAGACCGAAGAAGCAAAAUGGACCUUCCAAGAAACCUACCUCAAGCAAUGGGUCUCCAGUGGCAUCGAUGCACUACUCCUUCCUGUGACACCCUGGGUAGGAUACAAGCCCAAGACUUGGGUCAAGAGCUUUCAGUGGCUAGGCUAUACUGCUUUAUACAAUCUGCUGAACUACGCCGCCGUUACUGUCCCCGUUAUUACUGCAGAUGAAGAGCUUGAUACCCCCGAGAAUGAUAAGGAGUGGGCAGCUCAUGUUCCGAGGAACGAGUCUGAUCGAUUUAAUUACGAGCAGUACGACUUGGAUUUGGUCAAGGGUAUGCCAGUGACGGUUCAAAUUGUUGGCGGGAGGUUUGGGGAGGAAAGGGCCAUUUCGGUUGCGAAAGUUAUAGAUGGCCUUUUUGGUCGUUAA